AUGACAAAUGUAUCAGAAAGAGAAGAAGUUCUUGAAGAUAAGGACAAUCGGCUUGAGGACGUGAUUCUUGAUAUUGUACAAGAGUCUUUUCAACGUGCACAUGUUUUUGAUAGUUUGUGCAAUGACAAAGAAGAGGCUUUGUAUCCGGGAUGCACUAACUUCACACGGUUGUUUGCGGUGCUGAGAUUGUUCAACUUGAAAGCGAGAAAUGGAUGGACAGACAAAAGCUUCACAGAACUGCUUGAGUCGUUGAAAGAAAUGCUUCCUGAAGAUAACACAUUGCCAAACCGUUAUUAUGAGGCCAAGAAGAUAUUGUGUCCAAUGGUGAAGGAUGGUGAUUCCAAUUGCGAUGAAAGCACAACAGGUUGUCCUGCAAAGGUGUUAUGGUAUCUUCCAAUAAUUCCAAGGUUCAAACGAUUAUUCCUUAAUGUCAAUGAUGCAAAGAAUAUUAGAUGGCACGCUGAUGAGAGACAACAUGAUGGAAAACUUUGUCAUCCAGCUGAUUCAUUGCAAUGGAAGAAAGUUGAUGAAUUGUAUCCUGAAUUCGGGAAUGAGCCAAGAAAUCUUAGACUUGGACUUGCCACAGAUGGAAUGAACCCAUACGGUAACUUAAGUAGUAACCAUAGUUCAUGGCCCGUUCUCUUAAUUAUCUACAAUCUACCUCCUUCAAUUUGCAUGAAGCACAAGUACAUUAUGUUAUCUAUGAUGAUUUCGGGUCCAAGGCAACCUGGAAAUGACAUAGAUGUUUAUCUAACUCCAUUGAUUGAAGACUUGAGAAUUCUAUGGGAGGAAGGUGUUGAAGUGUUUGAUGGUUAUUCUUGUGAUUAUUUUAAAAUGCACGCAAUGUUAUUUUGCACGAUCAAUGAUUUUCCUGCUUAUGGAAACUUGAGAGGUUAUAGUGUUAAAGGACAUAAAGCGUGUCCUAUAUGUGAAGAAGACACAUGGUUGAAGGAUGUCAAUGUUAAAUUUGGAAAGAAUAAAAAACAAUCCAUUGAGAAAAAUGUAUGGAAGAAAAGGUCUGUGUUCUUCAAUCUUCCUUAUUGGUCUAGUCUAGAUGUUAGACAUUGUAUUGAUGUAAUGCAUGUGGAGAAAAAUGUGUGUGAUAGUGUGAUUGGAACACUUCUCAACAUUCCAGGAAAAACAAAGGAUGGAUUGAAUGCUCGUUUAGAUAUGGUUGAGAUAGGUAUACGACAAGAAUUAGCUCCACAAUCAUCAGUGGCUAUUCGUGGAAUAUUGCCUAAAAAAGUGAAAGAUGUUUUAACUAGGUUGUGCUUAUUCUUCAAUGCUAUAUGUAGCAAAGUCAUUGAUCCUAAAAACUUAGAUGAUUUGGAAAAUGAAGCUGUUAUUAUUCUGUGCCAACUGGAGAUGUAUUUUCCUCCUUCUUUUUUUGACAUUAUGGUUCACUUAAUUGUUCAUAUAGUGAGAGAAAUUAUAUUAUGUGGUUCUGUUUAUUUAAGGUGGAUGUAUCCAAUUGAGCGAUGCAUGAAGAUCUUAAAAGGAUAUGUGAAGAAUCCAAACCGUCCCGAAGCAUCUAUUGUUCAAAGGUACAUUGCAGAAGAAGCUAUUGAGUUUUGUUCAGACUAUAUGUCAAAAGCAGACACUAUAGGAGUUCCUAAGUCUCGCCAUGAGGAUAGAUGCACAGGUAAGGGUAUACGAGGUUUAAAACUUAAGAGCGUGAGGUGUGAGGAAUUACUUCAAGCACAUUUGUAUAUAUUGAAUAAUACUGAGGAGGUUCAACCUUACCUUUUUGCUCACAAAAAUAUUGUCAAAGAAAAAAAAUCCUCGAAUGAAUGA